GUCAUCACAACAGGAAGUAGCAGGCUUGGCCAGUUGCUGUAAGUGAACGAGCGGAGAGCAGGGCGGCAAUACGACAAAAAUGGGAGUCGAGUGAAACACCGUCCGUCGGAGACACGGUUCCUCUUCUGCCAGCGCCCAUGGGCGACACCCAGGAGCGACACCGACACGCCAGGACCCACUCAACCCGACGGUGAGGCUCUGUCCCUAAGAUUCUUCCCGGUGGACCGUUCACCUAUGAUGGAACGGGCGAUGGAGCAGCUCAACGUUCAGCUCAGCCGGCUGACCCGGUCCCUCCGCCGGGCCAGGACCGUGGAACUCCCGGAAGACAAUGAGACUGCAGUGUACACUCUUAUGCCAAUGGUCAUGGCUGACCAACACAGGUCAGUGUCAGAGCUGCUGCUCAACUCCAAGUUCGAUGUGAACUACGCCUUUGGACGAGUGAAGAGAAGUCUGUUGCACAUUGCUGCCAACUGCGGGUCAGUGGAGUGUUUGGUUCUGCUGCUAAAGAGAGGAGCCAACCCAAACUACCAGGACAUCUCCGGCUGUACUCCUCUGCAUCUCGCUGCUAGGAAUGGACAGAAGAAGUGCAUGGGCAAACUAUUGGAAUAUAAUGCUGAUGUCAACAUCUGCAACAAUGAGGGACUGACUGCUAUCCACUGGCUGGCAGUGAACGGGCGGACGGAGCUCCUCCAUGAUCUGGUCCAGCAUGUGACCAAUGUGGAUGUGGAGGAUGCCAUGGGGCAGACAGCUCUACAUGUAGCCUGUCAGAAUGGACACAAAACAACGGUGUUGUGCCUUCUGGACAGUGGAGCUGACAUCAACAGGCCAAACGUCUCUGGAGCCACGCCUCUUUACUUUGCCUGCAGCCAUGGCCAAAGAGACACAGCACAGAUCCUGCUCUCUCGAGGUGCCAAAUACCUGGCUGACAAGAAUGGAAUCACUCCUCUGGAUCUCUGUGUGCAGGGUGGAUAUGGGGAGACCUGUGAGAUCCUCAUCCAACAUCACGGCCGACUCUUCCAGACCCUCAUCCAGAUGACACAGAAUGAUGAGAUUAAAGAGAGCAUGCUCAGGCAGGUUAUGGAGCAUGUCUCUCAGCAGAGCGACAAUCACUACCAGAGGAUCUUGACUAGUCUCGCUGAAGUGGGGACCACCAAUGGACACAAACUUCUCAGCCUGUCCAGUAGUUUUGAAGCUCAGAUGAAGAGCCUGCUGAGAAUCGUUCGUAUUUUCUGCCACGUGUUCUGCCUGGGGCCUUCGUCACCCAACAACGGCAACGACAUGGGCUACAAUGGCAACAAGACGCCUCGCAACCAGGUCUUUAAGCACCUUAGUGGAUUCCGUGUGCGUGCCUCUCUGCAGCCGUUGGAACUGCUGUGGCACUCCCUGGAAGAGUGGCUGGUGCUCAUCUCCACAGAGCUGGACAGGAACAGGAAGAAUCCAUCCUCCUCCUCCUCCGGGAGCGAGAUAGCCUCUCUGCUCCUCAAACAGCGGGAGACUGACCACUCUGGCUCCGCACCAAAGCUUCCUUCCCUGCUGGACCCUCAGAUCGUCAUGGAAACAGAGGUCUACGCUGACGGGGAGGACGUCAUCUCCAUGACAGCCAAUCGGCUCAGUGCUGUGAUCCAGGCCUUCUACAUGUGCUGCUCCUGUCAGAUGCCACAAGGAAUGACGUCUCCUCGAUUCAUUGAGUUUGUCUGCAAGCAUGACAACGUGCUCAAGUGUUUUGUAACCAGGAAUCCAAAGAUCAUCUUUAACCACUUCCACUUCCUCCUGGAGUGUCCAGAGUUAAUGUCACGCUUCAUGCAUAUAAUUAAGGGGCAGCCCUUCAAGGAUCGCUGUGAGUGGUUCUACGAGCAUCUCCUGGCUGGCCAGCCAGACUCAGACAUGGUUCAUCGUCCGGUCAACGAGAAUGACAUCCUCCUCAUCCACAGAGACUCCAUAUUCAGGAGCAGCUGUGAGAUGGUUUCCAAGUCCACCAACGAGAAACUCAAACAGGGCAUUGCUGUUCGCUUCCAUGGCGAGGAGGGCAUGGGUCAGGGUGUUGUUCGGGAGUGGUUCGACAUCCUGUCCAAUGAGAUCAUCAACCCAGACUAUGCUCUGUUCACUCAGUCAGCUGAUGGAACCACUUUUCAGCCCAACAGUAACUCCUCAGUGAACCCAGACCAUCUGAACUACUUCAGGUUUGCAGGUCAUAUCCUGGGUUUGGCUCUGUACCAUCGACAGCUGGUGAACAUCUACUUUACCCGCUCCUUCUACAAACAUAUACUGGGUAUCCCAGUGAGCUACCAGGAUGUAUCAUCCAUUGAUCCAGAGUAUGCUAAGAACCUGCAGUGGAUCCUGGACAACGACAUCAGUGAUCUGGGUCUGGAGCUCACCUUCUCUGUGGAGACAGACGUGUUCGGGGCGAUGGAGGAAGUGCCGCUCAAACCUGGAGGGACCAGCAUCCUGGUCACCCAGGACAACAAGGAGGAGUAUGUGCAGCUGGUAACAGAGCUGAGGAUGACACGAGCCAUCCAGCCUCAGAUAAAUGCCUUCCUACAAGGAUUCCACACUUUCAUCCUCGCCUCACUCAUCCAGCUUUUCGACGAAUAUGAAUUGGAGCUCCUGCUGUCAGGGAUGCCGGAGAUCGAUGUGCAGGAUUGGUGCAGGAACACUGAGUACACUAGUGGCUACGACCCCCAGGAGCCUGUCAUCCAGUGGUUCUGGGAGGUGGUGAAGAGCCUGACCCAGGAGGAACGAGUUCUUCUGCUGCAGUUCGUCACUGGAAGUUCCAGGGUUCCUCAUGGCGGUUUUGCUUACCUGAUGGGUGGCAGCGGUUUACAAAAGUUCACCAUUGCUGCAGUGCCGUUCACCUCCAACCUUCUACCUACCUCUAGUACCUGCAUCAACAUGCUGAAACUACCAGAAUACCCGAGUCAGGAGGUUCUGAGAGACCGGCUGCUUGUAGCUCUGCAUUGUGGGAGCUACGGCUACACCAUGGCGUAAACAUCACAUCAGUUCCUGCUACCAUGAGAGUCUGCAGACCCAAGCAACAAUCCCACCUCCACAUGUGCUCUUUUAGUUGUCAGGUACUGCUUUAGACAAAAUAAGGAAAUCCAGAUUCUUAUUGAUGAGCUGCUGGAGAGGCACAACAGACUGAAUGGAGGCCACAGGUUCUGGAGCUCCAGUCAUACCUGUGCCAUUACUUUUUUUUUUUUUAAAUUGAUGCUGGUUUCAGGUAAUUUAUGCAAAUAAUAAUUUGAAAUUUUUAAAUUUCACUAUUUUCAAGCAUUUAUGAAAAACAGCAUUUAUAAAAUGAACUCUACUAUAGCAUAAUCAUGCAAGCUUACUGAAUGUCAAAUAUCGACUGAGUUCAAGGAGAUUUCCAUAUGGAUGCAGGACAGAUCAUAUUGUUCACCUUGAAACAUGCUGUCAAUCAAACUGCAUCAUAUUCAUAUCAUAGGUUCACAGUGCAGAUUCAUUUAAAGGGCCUGCCCCAGGCCCACAUGCCAGCAGACUGGUAUAACAAAAUAAAUCCAAGAUUUUAGUUUUUAAGAUUUGUUUUUAUUUCUUUCAGUCUUUUAAGUCUUCAUUUACCUGUUUUAAUAAUCCUUGUCCGUUCAUUUGGUUUAAAGAAACAGUCCAAGCUUCUCAGCCGCCCCAAUGGGAGCAUACGUGGUGUGCUGCUUUACCAGCCUCCGCUUUUCUGCUUUCACAUCCUUAACCUGGCUGCAGGGAUUUUCUACCAUUCAGCCACAAGUUACAAGAGCAUUAGUUGCAGCCCAACACUGAUGUUGGGUGAUAAGGCCUUGCCUGUAUUUCUGUUCCCCUCAAAGGUAUUGGGUGUAGUAGACUUCAGGGCUCUGUGCAGGAGGCACAUGUUCUUCCACAGCAACCGGCUCUGUGCAACAACAGGGCCACAAACAAAUGAUUGACCCAAACUUUAAGACUACUAUUAUUAUAAGGUGUUGUAUUAAUAUGUAUCCUCAAUGAAAAUAAGGGCCUCACUAGUAGAAAUACACAUAGUUUAAAUAUACACUCAAGUACUCUAUUUGAGCUGCAGUGUCCAAAGACUUUUGGCCACAAAAGUGUGUAAAAUGCAGUAUUUAAGUGCAAAUAAUGCUGAUACAAAUAAUGCAAUAACAGUGGUCAGGACUCUACAGAAAAAAAGUGAACACAACAAUGAAUUCUGAUGCAAAUACCUUGGUAUUUGUAAUAUCAUGUCGACUGUCCUUUACAGAUACACAUAGAUACUAUACGAAUAACAAUACAGAUACACACAGAUACUGGACCAAUCAAAAGCACAUUGUUAAGUUGGUAAAAAUAGAUGUCCGUUGGAGAAUACCAAUGUAGGGGGCGCUAACAAUGCAGGAUAAUAGUAAGUGUAAUAUUUUUUUUUUCUUUUGGGUAAUUACAAAGUUACCGAUAAAAAUAUAAGCCAAGGACAAACAUUUGUAAUUUCUGAGAAUAAUAAGUAUGCAGAAGAUGAACUGAAUAAAUAAUACGUUGAGGUGAGGCUAUUGAAGAUACUGUAUGGCCAAUGGGCUUUCGACCCAUCUACAUACAGUAGCUGUGUGAACACUCCCUAAGUAUAAGAGGUAUGUGUCAUGUAGUUGACUGUGAACUUCUUUGCUUACUUUUGUCUGUAUUCGUCUGUAUUUUGUGCUUCAUGAGCAGUUUUAUUUAGUGAUAGUUGAUUGUUUGUCUAUGUCCCAGUCAAGUAGACUUUAAUGAGGAAUGAUACAACAUAUCUGAACAUGUUUGGCUUGCAGUGCCAAAAAGACAAAGCUGGAAUCAUUUUAAGUGCAUUCUUUUUUUGUAUUCUGCCGACACAAAGAUGCUGAAAAUGUGCUGUACUUCUAAAAUGAAUGGGGACAAUGUCAUGAAUGUAUCAGGUAGCUUAGUUUUCCUUCUUUCCAUUUGUAAAGGGAGUGUACAUAUUGAUUUAAAACAUACAAUCCUAUUAUCCAGCAGUAUUGUUUUGAAUGCGUCACCUUCUAGCUUUUGUAUUCUGAUUGUUGAAAAUGGAACAUUUCUACAUACUUCUGUAAAUAUCUUCAAUUAUGUAGUUUGUCAGAGUAAGUUUUUGUGCUUUGAGAUUUUAUCCAAUAAACCUUGUUUUGAGAAGCCAGGUGAUUUGGUGGCGA